AUGAAUCCAGCAACUGUGGCAUCGAGGCCACUUAUCACCUCCACAAUCUCCAACGAGGCUGAGCGCGCCGCUUUAUACAGACGGUGUACUGGAGACGAGCUUAAGAAAUUUGUGAAGGACAGAACGAAAAGCAAAUUCCAGAGCACCGGCUCUAGCUUCCAGCUGGAUGCCUGUCUUCAUCUCCUUCAGCUGGACCAACAAGAUCUAUUCCCCUUCACGAGCCUGCCGAGAGACCUUAGGCUCGAUAUCGAGGAAAUACUGCUCCUGCCUCAGCCUGGAGAGAGACUCCACUCGCAAAUCUUAGCCACUUGCAAGACUAUCCACGUCGAAGCUCAAGGAUUUCUAAACAGAGCGGUAUCCAGCGGAUCGAUACAUCUUCUCCGCAUCCGGUCCAACCAGGACUCCGAUGGCGGCCCUCUCACAAGCUGCCAGAAGCUCAACUGCAAGUGCAAGGGCGGGCCAUCUACGACAAUUCGCCACGGACUUUCCCCUGCAGGCAAUAUCAGGACGUUACGGCGCAUCGACACAGAGCUCGCCGCGUUUUGUCCUCUCAACGCUACAGCAACGCGCCUGCUUAUCGAUAUUAGGAUUGAAGCUCCUUGCGUAGGCGCCAGCCUCCAGAUACUGCGUCCAGACCCGAAGAUCAAUCGCCAUCUGUACCUGCUCGCCACGGCGAUCCAGUCGACAGCCAUCACCACAGUCGAUCUACGCCUCACUUGCUCCGGUUACCUCGACCCUUCCGAUGCUAUCUUCAUGCUCUGGCCACUAUCUUGUCUGGGUCCCAAUAUAGCACUCACAAUCUCUAGCACCGACAGUGAAGUCGUCGAAAACCUGCGGGUGUGCCAAGCCGAAUCCGGUGGCGAUACCACAGCGCUCUCCCGAUAUCUUCCUAUCAAGGCGCAAGCCGAUGAUCUGAUUCGUCGUGUCCAGGAGGCACGCCUCGAGAAGACUGGAGUCCAGUUUCUGCCUGCCAAUCUUGGCGCCUCGUUCAAUGGAAGUACUGCGUAUAUUGCAGUGAGCGACAUCAGGGACAGACAUCCAGCGCCGGAGUCUUGCAUAAGAGACAAUGUGACAAGAGCAGCUAAUUUGAUGGCUAAUGAGAGGUUGAAGCAGUUGGCGGAGCGCGUGAACGAGGUCUUGGGCUGA